AUGGCAGUAAACCUCGAGCUAGAGAACCCCCUCAUCCCCUCCCUCAUGAUUCCCACGGAGUUUGAUGAUUGUUCGACCCGCUGGAUUGCCAGAAAACCAGAGCAGGGAAACCAAACGUCCAUCACAGAAUUCAUCCUCCUGGGAUUUGGGCACCUCCCUGAACUGCAGAUCCCUCUCAUUCUGCUGCUCCUAGUGAUCUACAUCGCAACUGUGGCUGGGAACGUCCUCAUCAUUGUGCUAGUUUUGGCUGAUCGGCACCUUCACAGCCCCAUGUACUUCUUCCUGGGGAACUUGUCCUGCUUGGAGACCUGCUACACCUCCUCCAUCCUGCCCAGGAUGCUGGCCAGUCCCCUGACUGGGGACAGGACUAUUUCAUUUAGUGGCUGCCUCACACAAUAUUAUUUCUUUGGUUCUCUGGUUGCUACAGAAUGUCUUCUCCUGUCGGUGAUGUCUUACGAUCGGUAUUUAGCGAUUUGCAAUCCACUGCACUAUCCAGCCCGUAUGAGUAGCAGGGCCUGCCUCCAGCUUGCAGGUGGCUCUUGGAUAGGUGGCUUCCUAUGUAGUAGCAUAUCAACGUUGUCGAUAUCUCAGUUAACAUUCUGUGGCCCCAAUGUUAUUGAUCAUUUCUUUUGUGAUUUUAUCCCCCUUCUAAAACUCUCCUGCAAUGACCCUCACCUGAUGGAAAUAGUGACUUUCACACUCACCUUGCUUUUCUCACUGGUCCCAUUCAUGCUAACCUUGAUGUCCUACAUCUGCAUUAUCGCCACCAUCCUGAGAAUCCCGUCCACCACUGGGAGGCAAAAGGCAUUUUCCACCUGCUCCUCCCACCUCAUUGUGGUGAGCAUUUAUUAUUCAACUCUGCUGAUUGUCUAUAUGUUCCCAACCACUGACAUCCUGAGCGACUUCAAGAAAGUUCUGUCUGUCGUCUACACAGUCCUGACCCCGGUCAAUCCCCUCAUCUACAGUCUGAGAAACAAAGAGGUACAGGAGGCCUUAAGGAAAGCUUGCAGGAAAUUCAUGUUUGGACCAUGCUAA